GCGUAUUAGUUACACGAUCGCAUAAACGGCGGAAAGCUGCCCCGGGACGCCAUUUACAACGAAAAAAAAACGCGCCGUUCCUGGGCCAGUUUACGUGUGUGAGAGUGUGUCUGUGCCGUACGGAAAGAGUGGGAAAAAGCGAUAAAUAUUAUAACCAUACGCUUUUUACCUCGCUUCUGCACCACGGAAAGAAGAGAAAGUUUGUCCCGGACGCUGCCGAAGGAAAAGCUGUUGCUUCGUGUUGUUUUCCUUCACUGCCUACAACGAUAACUGCUGUGUGUGUGCGCGUGUUUUUUUAUUGUUUACUCAGUGCGAAAAAGGGAUAAAAAAGCGUUAAAAGUAUCGCUGGGCAAGAAGCACACGCAUACCGCACCGGCAAUGUCGGGGAAAGCGCGUAGCCGGGAAAGGAUUUCCCCAUUCCGGCGGAGGUGUUUGUGGAUUGGCAGCCUGUUGCUGUUGGGAACGGUGCGAGGCCCAACGCCGACCGAAGGGAAAGCAACGGUGGAGCAGAUGAUGAAGUCGGGCGAAAUGAUACGGUCCGUUUGCUUGGGCAAGACGAAAGUUUCCGAGGAGCUGGCGAACGGAUUGCGCGACUCCAAGUUCGUGGACGUUAAGGAGCUUAAGUGUUACGUGAACUGCGUGAUGGAAAUGAUGCAAACGAUGAAGAAAGGGAAGCUUAACUAUGACGCGUCGGUGAAACAGAUCGACACCAUCAUGCCGGACGAGCUGGCGGGACCGAUGCGGGCCGCGCUUGACAUCUGCCGGAAUGUGGCCGACGGUAUCAAGAACAAUUGCGAUGCAGCAUACGCGAUGCUUCAGUGCCUUUCGAAGAACAAUCCUAAAUUUAUUUUCCCAUAGGUGGAAAGGGUGGGAACUUGGUCGCGGUCGUGCGGGAUGGGUUGUACGUGGGUAGGAGCAUUAAUUUUAAGGUAAAUUUGUAAACAUUAUGGAGUCCUGUCCGUCGGUUGUCCUAUUUGUUAGUUUAUAAAUCUCUUCCAUAAGCAGUUAAUUAAAAACAGUUUAUUACCUUAUAUUAAUUGGAGAAGAAUUGUGCUGAGGGCUCUUAAUGUUUGCUGUAACUGUUAUGACCAUGGUUUUCGAAUUACCUCAUCUAACCAUUAUGAGAUAGAUUCUCGGAAGCCCUUCAUAUUGCAAAGUGAGUCAUGAUAGCAUAACAAUGAAGGUAAAAUAAUGCGGCUCAAAGGGCGCUUCUGAAAUGGUGGCCAAUUCUAGAAGGAUUCUCAGAAUGACCCUGACCAAAGUCGCGUGUCAGGUGAAUGGUGACGGCCAGCUAUCAUACUCUCGUGCUACAAGCAAGGUUCUACACCGGUUCUAGGGAGUAACCGUCAUUUGGAAUUCUGGGAUUCGGAACCGCAUGAACCCUUCGUCAACUCUGAUUGUAGGAUGCAUUGGUUACAUAGUAAGCUUGGCGAUGAUAACUAAAAUUCAAAAUCUGAUGUAUGAAACUCUCACGUUUUUACUACUAAGUGACACAAUGAUUCUGUUUUUUUUUUUUUUUAUUCAUGAAGAACGGCCUGGCCGUAUUGCUGAUGAUUCUGUUUUAAA